CAUUGACGAUCUUUUAAAUCAGUGACUUUAAAGUUGAUCCACAUGCUUUCUUACUUGUUUUCUUCUAAAAAAUGUGGGACAAUUAAUUUUUUUUUUUUCCUCAUUAAGUUAUCGAUCAAAUAACAUUAUCCAUUUUCUUUAAACGAAAUACCUUGAUAUUUUCCCGCGAGAGAGCGAAGGGGAUGGGAGGUUGCGUGUCUAGGCCGGAGAAUUGCGUCGGAGGUGGAAUAAAGUCGUCGAAGGUGAAGGUGAAGCUGAAGCUGAGACGGCGGAGGAAAGCUCUGAAACGCCGUGUAUCGUCUCGUUUGUAUGAUCAAUCCAAGGCACCUCCCUCCGGCGACCCUCCAAAUUCCCACGGGAGCACUGAUGAUCUCUGGUGUGAUUCUGCUUCAAUUCUUGAAUCUGAUUGCAGCGAUGAAGAUUUCCAGAGUUUUUCCGAUGAUGGCUCAGAAGCUGUCUCAUGGCCACAUAUUGGUUCUCUGAGAGAUAGUGAAGCUCAUAGAAGUUCAGUGCAUCCUGAACAGAUGGCAUUUCAAUCAAGUAUAGAUGAAAAUGCUGGAAUGGAGAAUGGUAUCCCAAAGAAAAAACCUGCAUUUAAGUUAUCCUUCAAACGAAAUGAUGAACAUACUAAUCCCACAAUCAUUCCUUCAAAGAUGCAUCAUAUAAUACAACGACCUAUAGCUGGUUCACAAGUACCCUUCUGUCCAAUAGACAAGAAAAUGAUUGAUUCAUGGUCAUUUAUUGAACCCCAAACUUUUAGAAUACGUGGCAAGGACUAUCUCAGGGAUAGAAAGAAGGAAUUUGCUUCUAAUUACGCUGCUUAUUACCCAUUUGGAGUUGAUGUGUUUUUAUCUCAGAGGAAAAUUAAUCACAUUGCUCAGUUUGUAAAACUCCCUGAUGUUGCUUCUUCUACUCGAGAUUUUCCAUCUAUUCUUGUUGUAAAUGUUCAGAUUCCAUUGUAUCCUGCUGCUCUUUUUGGAGGUGAAAUUGAUGGAGAAGGAAUAAGUUUCGUGUUGUAUUUUAAACUUUCUGAUUGUUACUCAAAGGAAUUAUCUUCACAAUUUCAAGAUAACAUGAGACACAACCACUCACCGGACCACUCCCCACCAUCGGAAAAUUCACCUCACGUUAGCGCACCACUCGGACCUCACAUCUGA